GCGAGUGAUCUGUCGAGUUUUGCUGUCACAGGUUAUGGAUUACGAGACUCUGAAGAGACUGGCUCCUAAAUUAGGGAUUACUUCUGAUAGAGUUUUAUUAAAAGCUGAAGAAUAUUUACGGCUUGCUCAGGUGAAAUGCAGUGGACUCUCUGGGAGAACAACAGCAACUAGUAAUGCAGCGAUUUGUCUGCAGCUGGCUGCCACAUCACUAAAGCACCCAGUCGACAAGGGUUACCUAGUCAGGUUAUCUGGCCUGAAUAAACAAGUGUACCAGAGCUGUCUCAGAUCCUUUGAGUGCUUGCUAGGUCUGGAUUCCAAAUUGGGUAUUCGAGACCUAGCUGUUCAACAUGGCUGCAUGGAGGCUGUGAAUACUGCAUCGAAAAUUCUCAACCGAUAUGAGUCAACCCUGCCUCUAGCUCAACAGGAAGACCUUGAUUUAUCCAAACCACUAUUCACCACUGCUGCACUUUAUUCUGCUUGCAGAUGCCUCAAGUUAAAAGCUGAAAAGAAUAAGUUCAUAGCUGCCUCUGGGGUGAAAAAAGGAAUAUUUGACCGUCUCUGCAUUCAGCUGGAAAGGCUAGGCUCACAGAUCAUAGUUGAGAAUGCUGAGAUGACUGAAAAGCCGCGUAAAAAGACCCUGAUGGACUGUAUAGAAAAAGAUUCAGAAGUUGAGGAGGGGGAGGAAGUACCACAAAAGAAGCCUUGUACAUCAUCUGUCAACGAACAAGAGUAUCAAGAAUGGAAGAGGAAAAUAUUAGAGAAUGCAGCUAAAGCAGCAAAGGAAAAUUAAUAUUUUAUGACUUGCACCCUGCAGGUGAUAAGAGCUCAGGGUUUUUAGUAAGCUUUAUUCUUAAACGGACUUUAAAC